AUGGUUAAACUUCUACCUCUCAUUCUAACACUCUUAUCUGCUUUCAUGAUAAAUUAGACUUUAGGACUUGAUAAGGGUAAAUUCAAUAAGAUGGAAUCGUUUAAAAAGCAAUUUUAAUUUGAUCUUGAGGAAGAUGACACUAUAGUUAAGGAUUCUUAAGAUUCAGGAGUGAAGAAAUCAGAUAAUAAAAACAAAGCUUCUGAUGACAACACUGUUGAUUUCUCUGGCAAUCAUGGCGGGUCAAAUACGGUUAAAACUUUCAAGCCCUAUUCAUGCUCAAUAUUUGAUAAGUGCCGCACAUGCAGUUUUAAGGAGCUACAAUUGAUGCCAGAAUGUUAAGAUACAGGCUACAGACUAAUUAAAAGAUGCAUCAAGAGAGACUAGCAAACUGGGGAGAUCUAGGAGGACAAAUAUGUAAAUGAAGGCUGUGAACUGUACUCUGGAAGUAUUCAGGAAUACAAUAGCGACUAGGAAGCAAGUGGCGGACAGUAUGCAGAACCAGGGUCAGAGGCAUAUUCUGUGUUUAAAUUCAUGUUCUUAAUGAUAGCUUUUGGAGUUGGAGUAACUACUUAUCUAAAUAGGAGGAAAGACAGAAUUCUUCAUGAAAUUUACUCUAAAAUUUCAAUUGUUAAUAGAAAUUGA